GUACAUGUUGUCAAUAAACCGUCAAAUAGCCCAAGUUCUCUAUUUUGCUUUGACUUCCUUAUACCUGAGCCAAAAUAAACCCACAAUGACAGUAUACCAGUAGAGGUUGUAGCUGAUAACGCUGCCAUAAGUUGCACUGUUCUGCCAACCCAGAAGCGAGUUGAAGACACCCCACCAUCCACCACCAUUCAAUUCAGGGUUGCAACAAUUGACAUGCCACACACUCCGUCGGAUGUCGUAGGAUCCAGGUCCUGAUCCAUUUUCUGCCGCAUCACCACCGGUCACCUUAUUCCAGGCGUCUGCUUCGAAGAACCAUAUGGCUCUCGAGAAAAGACCAGCCGCGACGUGGUACAAGAAGCAUGUCGUGAUCGUCAAGAAGAGCUUGAGAGAUGUAGUGGCUGCACCUUGAUAUAUCAGAUAGCCCACCAGGCAGCCUGCUGCCAUGCCAGUAAUGGCUCCCAAAAUGAUUGAAGUGGCUGAUGCUCCCACGCUGACUCCAGCGACAAACAUGAUGCCUUCGAUGCCCUCCCUCAGUAUAGUGACAAAUGGCAGAACAAGGAACUCAUAUUGUUGAUACCAGCGGGUCCAUACAUUGCCGGCGGACUUCUGCCCACUUGCACUCCUCGUCAAGCGAUUGUCGAAUUUGGCUUGCCACUUGCCACGAGUCAUGGAGAGCCGCAGCAUUGACUUUCCCAUAAUUGUCAUGAUGAUAGAAGCGAUGAUGCCCAAGACGCCUUCCCAGAUAUACUCGCUGUCGCUCCAUCGAUCCACUCCUAUGGAAAGGAAGACACCCACAAACCCGGCACCAAGGAUCAUGCAGACUGCCAGUCCACCUGCAGCACCUAACCACACCUGCAAAAGUCAGAAUGAGGACAGAAAUUGGUGCCAAAAACGCCAGGCACAGCAUACCUGUCUGUUCAACCUCGUACGCAAGCCCUCAUGGUCUUUCUGAACCAAGCUUUGUUUGAGGACUGCCAGGAGCACGGAAACCACAAUUGCGGUUUCCAAAGUCUCCCUAAAAACAACGAAAAAUACCGGGAGGUCAAAGUAGGAGAGCAUCUUGACGCGUGGCACAACGCGUGGGGUCUUGUCUUGCCCUAGUCAUUCAUUGAUGGUGAAGCUGUAAGAAAAGUAAGAAGAAGAAGCGAACCCUCGGAGGAUCAGUGGGAAAAAUCUGAUAAGAUAAGAAUUUUCCUCCCACGUGAUGUGGCGUGAGCUUCCGUCUUCGGUGCAUGGAACACAAUUGGCGAUUUUCAUUUCAAUAUCCACCAAGGGUCUGAGAGCUCCACUCGAUUCCUUUUUUCCCGCCUCUCAUUCUCGACUGUUGUUCUCGUAACAACAUGUGUUUCGCUUCUUCCAGCAUUCUUCUGCCGAUGCAGAAGCUAUUACUAUGUCUUACUUCUGGCUUCUUGUCCACGCCGCUGUUAUAGUGACAAGCUGCUUGGACAUAUUUGCUUAUGCUUCUCCAACUACACGUUUCUACGAUUUCAAUAUUACAUGGACGGUGCAGAACCCUGAUGGCCUCCAGACACGGCGUGUCAUUUCUGUGAACGGCCAAUGGCCACCACCAACUAUUGAAGCCACAGUGGGAGAUCGAAUCGUGGUCAAUGCAUAUAAUGGGCUUGUGGACAGAUCGACAUCACUACAUUUCCAUGGGUUGUAUCAAAAUGGCACGACACACAUGGACGGUGCCGUCGGUGUUUCCCAGUGCGCAAUCCCUCCAGGGUCUUCAAUGGUCUACAACUUCACCAUUGAACAGCCUGGAACAUAUUGGUACCAUUCGCACGAGCCUGGACAGUAUCCAGAUGGUCUUCGAGCGCCUCUGAUCGUCCACGAUCCACAGAGCCCGUAUAAAGAUCUUUAUACCCAGGAACUGGUGCUCAGUGUUUCUGAUUGGUAUCACCAAGAAGUCUCUGAAAUCACCAAAAGUUUUCUCAGUGUUACGAAUCCCACAGGUGCAGAACCAGUGCCGCAAUCAGCUCUUCUGAACGACACACUGGACCUGCAAAUCCCAGUGGAGCCCAGCACCUCCUACUUUCUACGCCUUGUGAAUGUGGCGGCGUUUGCUGGCCAAUAUAUCUGGGUCGAAGGGCAUUCAUUGACCAUCAUUGAGCUCGACGGAGUCUACCACAAGCCAAAGAAGGUCGAGAUGGUCUACUUGACUCCUGGGCAGCGAGUUGGUGCAAUCCUGACCACCAAAGGCGACAGAUCACGAAAUUAUGCAAUCACCACAGCCAUGGACACAGAAUUGUUUGAUCUCAUGCCAGAAGAUCUGAAGGCGAAUGCAACAGCGUAUUUGGUUUACGAUCCGGAGCGAGCACUUAAUGAUUCACCCACAGUUGACUCAUUCGAGCCCAUGGAUGACUUUGAGCUCAUUCCAGCAGACGAGGCGGCGGUUCUAAACAAUCCUUCUCAGACUAUCGUCUUGAAUGUCACCAUGGACAACUUGGGAGACGGCGUUAACUACGCCUUCUUCAACGAUAUCACCUAUAGAGCACCAAAAGUACCUACAUUGUAUACUGUCCUCAGCGCUUCCAACGAUCUUGUUGCCAACCCCACCAUCUACGGAACCCACACAAAUACCAUCAUCUUGGAGCCAGGCGGGGUCAUUGAGAUCGUUCUCAAUAACAAUGACGAUGGCAAGCAUCCCUUCCACCUCCACGGCCACAGCUUCCAGGUUCUUGCGCGUUCUGAGGAUGAUGCAGGGCCAUGGGAGGGUAACGCCAAUUCGACAUUCCCGACAGCUCCCAUGAGACGCGACACAAUUCUAUUACAUCCCAACGGCCACCUGGUUCUGCGCUUCCGAAGCGACAACCCUGGGGUCUGGGUGUUUCACUGCCAUAUCGAAUGGCAUGUGCAACAAGGAUUGCUGAUGACAUUUGUCGAAGUACGUACAUGUCGCUGGCUCGAAUACAUUUCACGACUCGAUGCUGACAAUCUUUUGAUAGGAUCCCCGAUCGUUGUCCCAAAACUUGGUUGUGCCUCAAGGUCAUUUCGACAUGUGCAAGGAUGCGAAGGUCCCUUCUGUUGGAAACGCCGCUGGCAACAGCAAAGACUGGCUUGAUCUAUCAGGAGAGCCAGCACCUCCACCUCGAUUGCCUGCCGGCUUUACCAAGGGCGGCAUCGCUGCAUUGAUGUUUUCUGCCAUGACGGGUGUGCUCGGCACGAUUGUGGUGUUUUGGUAUUCCUACGCAGAAACCAGCACGAAACAAGGCGCAGAGCAAAUUGAUGACUCUGAAGAUUCUGACGAGGCGGACAGUCCAGUUGGAUUAGACGAGGACCGCGAGCUAAGGUCGAGGCACUUUCAUGAGACUGAUAGACUUUUGGAUUCAUGAUCAUAAAAAGAUUGUACUACUUAUUAUGAGAUAUAUCAUACAUCAAAAUCAUUCAAGAUCCCUCCAUA